AUGGAUCUUGUACUCAACAUUGCUGAUUAUUAUUUUUUCACACCAUAUGCUUAUCCAGUGUCAUGGCCAGAGGAUAACAUCUUCCGACAGACUAUUAGUCUCUUAAUUUUAACAAAUAUUGGUGCUUUUAUCCUUUAUUUUCUCUUUGCUUCAAUAAGCUAUUAUUUUAUUUUUGAUCAUUCUUUGAUGAAACACCCACAAUUUUUAAAGAAUCAAGUCUAUCGAGAAAUUAAGUUUACUGUCCAGUCUUUGCCGUGGAUAAGUAUUCCCACUGUUUUCUUGUUCUUAGUAGAAGUGCGAGGUUAUAGCAAAUUAUAUGAUGAAGUAGGAGAGUUUCCAUAUGGUUGGAUUCAACUUGUUGUUAGCAUAAUAUCCUUCCUCUUUUUCACUGAUAUGUUGAUCUAUUGGAUUCACAGAGGCCUUCACCAUCGGCUUGUUUAUAAGAAUAUACACAAACCUCACCAUAUUUGGAAGAUCACUACUCCAUUUGCAAGUCAUGCUUUUCACCCUGUGGAUGGUUUCCUUCAGGGUCUGCCUUACCAUAUAUACCCUUUUCUUUUUCCCUUACACAAGGUGGUUUAUUUAACUUUGUAUGUCAUGGUCAACAUCUGGACAAUUUCCAUUCAUGAUGGUGAUUUUCGUGUCCCCAAAAUCUUCAGACCAUUUAUCAAUGGUGCAGCUCAUCAUACAGACCACCACCUAUUCUUUGACUAUAACUAUGGACAGUAUUUUACCUUGUGGGAUAGAAUUGGAGGCUCGUUCAAAAAUCCUUCUUCUUUUGAAGGGAAGGGGCCACUUACAUAUGUGAAGAAAAUGACAGAAGAAGAAUGCAACUGCCAUGCAGGAAAUGAUUGUAAAAAUGAAAAAUUAUUCAAUGAAGCAUGUACAAAGAAUGAGUAG